AUGGAGAGCUUUGACGAUGUGGCUCUUUCUGCUAACGCCUCGUCUGAGACCAUUGCGCUCGGCGAGCAGUCAGCUGGACCACCUGAAAGCCUCGAGAUUGACAGUGCCCUUUUAAACGGCAACGAUCACGCCGGAGCAAACCAAGAUGCGUUACAGCAGGGCCUUCCGGAGCAACAGCGGGACGCGAAUGAAUCCGACGAUAAUCCCCCCGCCUUCCCGCAACUACUCUACCAGCGCCGGAACUCGAUCGAUAUGCCCAUAUUUGACGGAGAUGGAGACGGCGGUGAUGAAGAACCCAGUGUUGCAAAGUCGUUUGAACGAUCGUCCUCUCCCAAUGGCACGACACAAAGAAGUCGAGAGGGCGGCGAUGAAAGGCCCGGUGAAGAUGGGAUUUCGCGAAUGCAUAAGUUCUCGCUGUACGAAACGUCGACGCGAUACUAUAUGGUCGGGAUGGAUCUACUGGGUAAGCGCUUUCGAAUUUUGAAAAUCGAUCGAACGUCAGAAUCCGACGACCUGGUCAUUUCGGAGGAUGAUAUGGUGUAUACAAAGCGAGAAAUGAACGAGCUUCUAGACGCCGUGGAUGACGGGAACAAGAGCUCCGGGGGCUUGAAACUGCGCUGCAGUGCCUGGGGGCUCCUUGGCUUUAUAAAAUUUACGGGAACCUAUUACAUGCUGCUUGUGACGAAACGGAGUCAAGUCGCCAUGAUCGGUGGGCAUUAUGUUUACCAGAUUGAUGAUACCCUACUAGUUCCCCUAAGCCCUACCAACUCCAGCAAGACCAAAUCCGAGAAACAUGCCGAAGAGGCAAGGUUCAUCAAUAUUAUGAGCAACGUUGACUUGACGCGUUCGUUCUAUUUCAGCUAUUCAUAUAACAUCACUCAAACACUGCAACAAAAUAUUGCAUCCGAGAGGGAGGCGCUCGAAACGGGCCAGCCAGGUGUCAAUGGCUACAACCUCAACUCCAUGUUUGUUUGGAACCACUACCUUUUGAUGCCAGUUGUUAGUUCAUUGAAAAAUGCGUACGACUGGUGCCUACCGAUAAUUCAUGGCUAUGUGGACCAGUCAUCAAUGUCUGUCUACGGCAGACUGGUGUUUAUCACCCUUAUUGCGCGACGGUCCAGAUUUUUUGCGGGUGCGAGAUUUCUUAAGCGCGGGGCCAACGACCUGGGUUAUGUCGCCAACGAUGUUGAAACAGAGCAAAUAGUCUCAGAGAUGCUGACGACUUCCUUCCAUAACCCUGGGCCAAAGCUUUAUUGCAAUCCGCACUACAGUUCAUAUGUUCAACAUCGUGGAAGCAUCCCGCUUUACUGGACCCAGGAUAGUACUGGAGUCAGCCCAAAACCGGACAUUGAGCUAAAUCUCGUUGAUCCGUUUUAUUCCGCAGCCGCACUCCAUUUCAACAACCUUUUUGAAAGAUACGGCGCUCCUAUCUAUGUUUUGAACCUCAUAAAGUCAAGAGAACGCGUUCCUAGAGAGUCGAAGCUUCUGGUAGAGUACACGAAUGCAAUAAAUUAUCUCAACCAGUUUCUGCCAGAAGAUAAAAAGAUUAUCUACAAGGCCUGGGAUAUGAGUCGUGCUUCUAAAAGCCGUGACCAAGACGUCAUCGGGACAUUGGAAGAUAUUGCAGAAGAUAUUAUACCCAAAACGGGUUUCUUCCAAAAUGGCGAAUCCCCAGAAACUAGUUUGAAGAUGCAGAAUGGUGUUGCUAGGACCAAUUGUAUUGACUGUCUUGAUCGGACGAACGCGGCUCAGUUUGUGAUCGGCAAACGAGCUUUGGGGCAUCAACUGCAUGCGCUUGGGGUUAUUGAUCGUACCACUGUUGAUUACGACACCGAUGCCAUCAAUAUGUUUACUAACAUGUGGCAUGCUCACGGAGAUACAAUAGCUGUGCAGUACGGUGGUUCACAUCUUGUCAACACGAUGGCUACAUACCGGAAGCUCAAUCAGUGGGCGGGACAUUCUCGAGACAUGGUAGAAAGCUUUAAGCGUUUCUAUAACAAUUCCUUUCUUGAUGCCCAGAGGCAGGAGGCAUAUAACCUUUUUCUAGGGAAUUACGUGUUUUCUCAAGAUCAACCUAUGCUGUGGGACCUUGCAACUGAUUAUUAUCUGCACCAUUCGGAUCCACGGACAUGGUCAGAAGCCAAUAGGCAUAACUAUAUCAACUGGUAUACUCCAGAAUUCUUGAUCAAACGGCAAAUGCCUCUUGCUGUAUGGCCCAGUGACAAGCCCAAAACUCCUAUCCGGUUCUUCGACGACUAUUGGCUAGAAUACUAUAGGCCUCUAGCCGUAUCCUCCUUUUCAAAAGUGUUCGCAUUCAGAAUGAAGUCUACUCUUCACAACCUCCCAUUUCGGACCACUCAGCAAGGCAGGUAUGACCUCAGCCCAUUUGUUGUUCGAAUCGACCAUGAAACAGAGCCUCGUGAAAAGAAGACUCCACGCAAGGAACCGCUUGUUAUUCAACAGCCUCUCGACGGGUCAACCGAAGAUGGUCGCUCCACCGGUUCCGUUAAUGAGCCGCUUCCGCCAUCAGAACCACUUCGACUUUGGCUUCAGCAGGCUUCCAGAAGCAAACCUUCCAGUCAAGGAAGCGUCCUUAAUCCAGAGCUCUUCCCGCCACCUCUGGUGACUACGAACUCGGACUUUCUUAGCCAGAAAGCGCAGAAAAAUCAAUAUAAUGUCAACCAGCUUGUCAAAGAAUCAUUGAAUCCAACCAUUUCCGCAUCCGAAGCCGAAGAGUACGAGCGGUAUAUAAAUCAUCCACUGAAGGUUCCGUUGGUGGUGACGUCCGAAUCGCCAAUAACAGCAGCUGCAGGUCAUAAGGAUCUUGAUUUGGUCGACUAUGUAAAUAAGGUAUUGCUCGAAGAUGCAGCUCUGGAUGCAUUGGCGGAGGAUAAUCUAGCGGAUUAUAUCGAGUUUCUAAACGCAAGGGAGGAAGGUUUGACGGUAAUCAAGGAGGAUUACGAUAAGAAAAGGUACAAGAGGUAUAGGCAGUGGUUGAAGGGGAAAAGUUUGUUCAAGCAAGGCAUUGAUCUGUAA